CGUGUAUUCAUUCCUUUGCUACCGCACGGGCACCCCACCUCUUCGCAGCCGCUGUGGGCGGGUUUCACAAGGGAAUUUAGCAAGCUGACUGAAAUAUGAUUGCCAUACCUCCGUUGCAGGCGCUGCAACUGCGUUAGAAAGUUUCGCAGCUUUCUAUGAGGACUUCCGCCACCACGCGUUGCACCAGCUGCAGUUGAAUUGGAUGAGUUCACAUCUCUGACAAUAAUGGGAAGGAAGCUUGCACUGGUGAUUGGAGCGGGCGUGGCAGGAUGCCAAGCCGCGCGCGCGCUUCUCCGCGCCGGUUAUGACGUUCUGGUGCUCGAGCAGAGUCGUGGCGUCGGAGGUGUUUGGCGAAGAAACUAUCAUGGCUUCGCGCUUCAAGUGCCCUGGGACUUCUUCACAUUCCCAGAGUUCCCCUACGAGUUGGCGCCCGGGGACCUGGCGGCUAGGGCGGAGGCACAGGACUUUCCCAGCGGCGAAAUUGUGCAGGAGUACAUCGAGGCCUACUGCAAGCACUUCAAACUGGACCGACACAUCAUGUUUGGUGUCAAGGUGGUGCACAUAGCCGCGCUGCCGCAGUUCGGCAACGCCAGCGCGCCCACCACCGCUGCCGCCACCGCCGCCGCCACCGCCGCCGGCGGCGGCCUCGCCGCGGGCGCCAGCCUCCACGGCGGCACUGCCAACCUGCCGAACCCCGCCGGCGGCCCCGGUACGGGUCCGCGCUGGGCGGUGCGGUUCCGGCAGGCGAUGCGGCCGGGCCAGAGCCCGGACGUGGGGGAGCUGAAGACCAUGGAGUGCGAUGUGGUGGUGAUGGCGACCGGCAUGUACUUCAGCCCCUACGUGCCCUUCGUGCAGGGCAUGGCGGACUACAAGGGCACGGUGCUGCACGCACGUGACUUCAACAGCCUGGAGCCGCUCAAGGGCAAGCGCGUGUUGGUGCUGGGCGCGGGCAAGUCCGCCCACGACUGCUCCGUGCUGGCCGCCAGCGAGGCCGCCAAGACCGCCAGCGUCACCACACUGUUCAGGCAGGCGCACUGGCCGCUGCCGCGAGAGAUCUUCGGCAUUCCAUUCCAUAAGAUUGUGUACACUCGCUUCACGGCAGCCAUGCUGCCAGCCUACUACACAGCCGAGGGCAGGCUGGGCAAACGUGUGAAGCACACGCUGCUGAGCCCCCUGAAGCGGCUGUUCUGGGGCGCGCUGGAGCGGCACGUGGCGGGGCGCAUGGCGCUGCGGGGGCACCUGCGGCCGGAGCGCGGCUUCGUGCAGGACCUGUUCUUCGGGGGGCAGAUCCAGGACGGAUCCUGGAACGAGGCCGUCAACGCCGGCCGCAUCAAAGCCGUGCGGGGCAGCCUGGCGGAGGUGCUGCCGGGCGGCGUGCGACUGACUGACGGCACGGUGCUGGACUGCGACGUGAUGCUGUUCGCAACAGGCUACACCAAGGACUACAGCCUGUUUGACGCCGCCACCGCCUCCCGCCUGGCCGCCACGCCCGGCUCCAGCACCGAGGAAGGCCUGCACCUGUACCGCUCCAUCAUGAGCCCGCGGGUGCCCGGGCUGUUCUUCAUUGGCAGCGAGGCCUCCACCUUCAACAACGUGCUGACCAGCGGGCUGCAGUCGCUGUGGCUGCUGCACCUGCUGGCGGACCGCAUCCGGCUGCCCAGCCCCACCGCCAUAAACAAGGACAUCCUGGACCAGGCCAAGUGGCGCUCCCGCGUCAUGCCGGCCCAGCGCCACUCCAGCAGUAUCAUCAUGCUGUACCAGCAGAGGUACCACGAACAGCUCCUGAAGGACAUGGGCUUCCCCACGCGCCGCAAGGCGCUCGCCGCCAAGUCCAAACCCACACCCGGGCCCGGGGCGCCGCCGGGCAGCAACAAGCCGCCCCAAACCGGCACCAGCGCCACCGAUGCCGCCGCCGCGGCCAACGGCAGCAAGUGCAGCAACGGCAGCAGCAGCGCCAGCGCCAACCGCGGCAGUAGCAGCAGCAGCAGCAAGAGCGGCCCCGUGCCGCGGUACGGCGGAAGCGAGCUGCUCAGCCCCUACUCCUCCCACGACUACGCGGAGCUCUUCGACGACCGGAACUUGGUCGGCCUUUCGGCUGCCAUGGUUCGGAUCCACGGCGGCGCGGCGACGGCGGCGGGGACGCGGUCAGCGGAAGAGAUCGUGGCGUCGGCUGUGACGUUGAUGCCGGCGGCGGCGGCGAUAGGCACGCGGCUGGAUCUAGCGGUUUUGCCCGGGGCCCACGGCGUGGCGGCUGUGGCGGCGCGGGCUGGCGGCGGACUGGUGCCGCUGGCGCAGAGCGACGGCUGCGGUGGCAACGGCGUGCCACUGAUGCUGGCAGCGGGCGCGGAUGCGGCGGCGGCGGCGGCGGCGUUGGUGGGGCCGUCAAGACUGGGGCCCGGGCCGGCGGCGGCAGCGGGGCAACAGCAGGCGGCGGGAGGGGGCGCGCAGCUGUGUGUGGGGAACGGGCUCGGCAACAGCGCUUCUGUGAGCGCCUUCGUGGGGAGUUUCGACAGCCCCACGCCCACCGUCAGCGACGUCAUGCCGUUGGGCCGCGCCGCGCAGCCGCCGUCGGCGCUGCUGUCCGCGGCGGCUGUGGUGGCGGCGGCGCGCAACGCGCGUGUGGCAGCGGCGGGGCUGAACAUUCCCAUCAUGGGCCCCGGGUCGCGGCCUAUGGGAGGCGCGUUCUUCGCCGCCGGCGGCAUGCCGUGGAUGCAGUCGGCGCUGGGGGCGGCAGCUGGCGGCGACGGCGUGGCAGCGGCGGCGGCAGGGCCGUCGCAGGGCCAACUGCCGCCGCUGCAGGAAGAGGGCGGCUUGCCGGCAAGCGGCGGUGACCUCAACGGCGCCGACGCCGGCGCCAGUGGUAUCGCCGCGAGCCCGGCGGCUUCGCCGUCGGCGGCGCUGCCGCCUCCAUCGCAAGAGGAGGCGUCGGAUUCGCUGACCAGCCCCGCCAACACGAAUACGGGCACCGCGGCCUCCGGCGCCGCCGGCCCCGGCGGCAGCACUCGUGAGAUGGAGCGCAGCAUGGGCAACAACUUGCUGUUUGUAACCACGCAAAGCAUCAGCGGCGCCGGCGGGCCCGCCGCCGCCAGCGGCUCGCCCUCGCCCUUCGCCACCGCCGCCACGGCAACGCUGGCGGCUGCCGCCGGCAGCGCCGGAGGCGCUUCCCCUGCCCAGCCGGCGGCGGCCACUUCCUCGGCGGCGGCUGGCCCCGGCCGCGCCGGGCUGUCGCUGCCGGCGGCGUCGUCGCACGGCGGCAACGCCACCGGCGGGCGCGUGUCGCUGUCGCGGCGCGUCCGGCUGCAGGUGUUGCACCUCAUGCACCGCAGCAUCGGCGGCAGCCUGGUUCCGGCGUCGGCCGGCGACGGCGAGAUCCUGGAGCUGCGCGUGCCCUCCGGCACCAACACCAACACCAACAACCCGCUCACCAGCACCAACACCAACGCAAUGGCCACCACCGGCACCGGCACGGGCGCCGCCGCCGGCGCCACGCCGGCGGACGGCCACACCGGUGGCACGGGCGGUGGCGGCGGUGCUGGCGCGCCGCCGCUGGGCGCGACGUCGACGGCGACGACGGCGACGACGGCGCACGUGAGCAGCAGCCUGUGCUUUGAGGCGAUGCGCAACGCGGCGCCCAACGUGUAUGGAGAGCUGGUGGGGACACUGGAGGUGCACUGAGCAGGAGGAGGAGGAGGAGGAGGAGGAGGAGGAGGGUGGUUGCACCGCACGGCAGGUAGUAUGUGCAAUGGGGACUUUGAUGCCUGGUAGUGGUAUGGGGUGGCGGGCCGGGUUGGACAGGUGAGGUUGGUGGUGGGGAGGUGCUUGGGCUGCAUGGGGGGUGGGUGCCACGUGUGAGGUCAUGUCCUGUGGCGGCGGCGAUGGGGCAAGUGGCGCGGGAGAUGCGUGGAGAAGUGAGGGCGUCGCAUGCCCAGACACACGUGGGUGUCGCAUGCCCCGAGCCGGCCAAGCGGCAUGCUGCAUGCAACGGGGCGACCGGCAUCCGCGUGUGCGAGAGCACUUGCAGGGAAGAUUUUCGACCACGUGUGUGCACGGGAAGACGGGCGGUGACAGCCACCUUAGGCAUGUGCAUGGCGCAUGUGCUUGAUUUUGGGGCGUGAUUGAUUGUGUGUUACAGGGGACACCGCAGCAAACACAGUGAGGACCGGUUGUGAGGUGGUUCCCGCUUUCGUGCGGAUGUCGGCCUGUGCGUGUGUGGCGCCAUGGAGUGAGCAAGGGCUACGGGGCCUGCAUAUUCCCUGCGAUCCAUUCGAAAGGUACUGGUGGACUGAAAGCCCCACGUUGUGUGCAUUCUGAUAGCAACAGCCGCGCUGACCCCGACCUUUCGUCGCCAUGGUCGUGAGAUCAAAAACUCACGUGAGAUCAAAACCGAGCAUCCAUGGCGUGGAGGAUUGGGCAAUGUGGAUCUGUGAAUGUGGAAUGCAGCUGCGCUGCGGCUCUCAGUGCAGCAGCGUUGGCUCGGGCGCUGUGUGAUAUAGUAUCUGUGUGAUCGCCGGUGCCACCUUUUAUUGCUGAAGUUUCCAGGCAUGGCAUGUGUGCGCAUGGCAUGCAACCGUAUGAUCGGGCCGAUUCUGCCCUCCGUGUGCAAUCAAGGCGCUCGUGAACAAGGGUCGCAAACGCGGGUUUUUUUAUUGCAAUACACGUGCCGGUACUCGUAUUUCGACCUGCUUGCUGGACGCUCGCCGGAAGUGAAGGGCUGCAAAGGUGAUUGAGGCGGCCACUGCGACACCCAGCAUGCUGGUAUGUGCGUGCGUGCGUACAUGCAUGUGUACGUGCUGCGAGCGGCAGAUGUGGGCUGUGUGAGGUGCAUGCGGUAUUUGGGCGCUCAAAGCGCAGGCUUACGCGCACGGCGACUCAGCAGCCGCGUGCUUCCUGUGCCCCGAGCAUGCAAGCACUCAGGCGCAUACCGCAGUGGCUGCUGCGUUAGGGAAGAACGACCGCUGGCUGCCUGCCGGGAAGCUGCAAUGUAGCUGCAAUGUAGCUGCUGUCGGUUGUGUGCGUCGCAAUUUGUGGCUUGCAUUUGCUCCUGCUCCUCUUGCUGCCUCGUUUCCGCACCGUACGUAGUAGCCACGGCGGGCCUGCGGGGACCAACUCGCACCUUGACUCGCACUGCCGAUUGGGGGCGCCUUUCUAGUGGAAUCCAAUUUUACGGCCGAACUGAUAAGGACUGGUGCAAGUUGAUCCGUAGAAGGUUAAUGCGCGUGCAAGAUCUUGAAGGCUUGGCAUUACGCACUGUGAACAAUUCGUGUGGUAGCUUCACAUGCCAAGUAGCUGCAGUGGGUAUUCAAAGUCAAGGCCAAAGGAACAAAGGGGGGAUUUGGAUGGUCAGGCAGGGGAUUGACAGCUUAUGCUGCUGGGGAAGAGGCUGUGUCCGCCUUACCUGUGUGAGCCGAUGUGCAAUAAAAGAAGCAGCACUGGUCGUAUGCGCGCAGUAAGCCAGCCUUGAAAGCGAAGGUAAUCGAGGCGACCAGUGUGACACCCAACAUGCUCUUGUGUGCGUGCUGCCGUGUUGUUGUGGCAUGGUGUGUAGUGCAGAUUUAUGAUAAUCAAGUUGAUCUGGUACGUAAGAUGUGCGUACAACCCAGCCCCUCGCGUUGCCCCACGCGGGCACAUGCGGUUGUGUGUUACUGGUGAUGCGGCGUGACGCACACGAGCACUGCAGCUGCAUAUGCCGCUGCUGGGACUGUCCCCUCUGUAACAUCCGCAUUCAUAUGCCGCAACGUGGGCUCGAGCCCAAGGGGUUGUGUGGUAGCAGUGUAUAGCAACGGUAAUGCCGUACAUGCAAUGGGCAAGGCGGGUAGCAAUGCAUGAGCUUUUUGAUGCCGGCACCUUGGUGAGUUGGUUUGCGCCAGUAAAGUGUGCGGCUUGUAACAAUGCAACUGA